UGAGCAGAAGACCGAUUGUGGCUGCCUGCCUUGUGGCUCUGCUUGGGGUUGGGCUUCUUGGUUGGAUCUUGGCACAAGUCAGGGCUGGGGAACCUUCACCUGUUUCAGGAACUCCUGAUAGCCUCAGCCAGCAUAGCCAAUCAGGGAUGAUGGAGAGUUUUAAUCGGAAGAUAUUUGGAGAGCUCUAGGUUCCCUAUCCCUGGUAUAAGGCAACCAGCUUCCUUGUGAAGGAUCUUACUGGAUGCAUCUAGCCCAUGAUUGUGGGCAGAAAACAGCUCUCCCUAUUUCAGAAGGCCAGGACCCUGAGCCAUCCAACGAAGCAGAACCUUGGGAGCUUCAGGACUUCAUACAGCCACACAGUUAAUGGGAUGUGCUAUCACAAGACCUAAUGAUGACCACCAACUUGGAUGGCUUUAAAAGAGGGUCAUACAAAUUCAUGGCGGAUCAAAGGCUAUCCAUGGCUACUAAGCUCGGGUCCUGCUCGCCAGCCUCCCAUAGGCAUCAAGUGGCCACUCUGACACCUAGAUGGGCCGUUGGCCUGACCCAGCACCACCGGCUAGCCAAGGUUCUUCAGGGUUUCGGGCAGGAGCCUGUCAUAAGCCUACCUGGGGUUGUCGGGGAGCGGGCCUGGGCCCCUUUGCAGGCCAAGCACGCAUGCGCUCUCCCACUGAGCCAACUGAGCAGACUCACUGAGCCAGCGUGCGCAAGCCUUCGGAUGGCUCCGCGCGCAGAGAUCCAUGUUGCUGUCCCUGGGCUACUCAACCAAGAGCGAUUGAGAAGUCCCGCUCUGUGCACCCCACGGAGUUCAGCGGGUCUUCCUCCCGCGCCCUGCUGCCCGCUCAAGAAGCGCAGCCUCCUGGCGCGCAGGCACAGAGAGAGGCGAACUUCGACGGGCCUCCGCCAGGGCUGAAGCGCCUCCAGGAGGCCCGCGUAGCGAAGGGCAGGCGGGCAACCGAGUGGAGGGGGGGGCGUGCGCGCGCGGCGUGGGAGAGCCCUGUCCUCCGCCCCCUUCUCCUGCUCGGGAACGGCGGCGUGCCACGGGAAGCGCGCUAGGACCCGCGCGUGGGGGCGGGCGGAGGUGUGUCGCUUUGGGCUCCGCUGCCGCCUCCUGCUCCGUCCCUUCCCCUUUUCCCGGCGGGCCGAUGCGCGGCCGCUUUCAGUUUGGGCUGCUGCGCUGCUCCUUCCGACGGAGGGAAGGCGAGGCGCCCCGCCGCCGCCGAGAUGGUGUGAAGCGCAGCCCCGGAGCGAGGCGCGAUGGCAACGGCGAGGCGCGUCUUCCACCUCCAGCCAUGCGAAAGCCCACCGGCAGCGAUGUCCAGGAAUGGGUACUUCUUUGAAGAAACAGGUUACCUUAAAUGUGAUACAGACGAUGGCUGUGAGAACAAAGAAGAAGUUGGAGGCGAAGAACUCUUUGACACGGUGAACUCCUCAAUCGUCUCUGGGGACAGCAUCAGGUUCUUUGUGAAUGUCAACUUGGACGUACAGCAGAAUGUUACAGCAGAAAGUGAAAGUGCUGGAUGCGUUUUAUUACACACAUCAAGAAAAUACCUAAAGUUAAAGAAUUUUGAGGAGGAAGUCAGAGCUCACCGUGACCUCGAUGGGUUCCUGGCUAGAGCCAGUAUCAUCCUGGACGAGACAGCAACCUCUCUGGAUGACGUCCUGCGGGAGAUGUUGAAACACUUUGCAGAAGAUUCUGACAACACAGAGCCAAGCUGCAACUUCGACAAAAUUAUGAGCACUUUAUUCACCGAUUCGGGGGCCCCCAGAGAAGGGAAUGUUCACCUCUUGUCGGAUACGAUUCAGGGUGUCACAGCGACAGUCACUGGGGUACAGUAUCAGCAGUCCUGGCUUUGUAUCAUUUGCACUAUAAAAUCCCUUCAGCGCCGUCAUGUUUGCAUCAGCCGCCUCGAAAGGCCUCAGAACUGGGGGGAGAACUCCUGCGAAGUGAGAUUCGUCAUACUGGUGCUUGCUCCUCCGAAAAUGAAAAGUACUAAAACUGCAACAGAAGUGGGGCGGACUUUUGCCACAAUGUUCUCCGAUAUAACCUUCCGGCAGAAACUUCUAGAAACAAAAACAGAAGAAGAGUUCAAAGAGGCUUUGGUCCAUCAGCGUCACCUGCUGACAGUUGUGAACCAGAGGCCUUCAGCAGUGGCAGACGGCCACAAAGCACACAGCCACAAGCCCCUCAAGCUCCACGAGUUCUUCAAUGUUGGCAAGGGAAUUUUUGAUGACAUUGCACGAAGAUUUCCAGUGUACGCUCUGGACUUCACUGACGGCAUUCUUGGCAACAACAAAGCCAUAGGCAAAUACAUCACCACCAUGAUCUUUCUGUACUUUGCCUGCCUCCUGCCAUCCAUCGCUUUUGGCUCCCUGAAUGACGAAAACACAGAUGGUGUCAUUGAUGUGCAGAAAACCAUAGUUGGCCAGUGCAUCGGUGGUCUUCUUUAUGCUCUGUUCUCAGGCCAGCCACUUGUGGUGCUCUUAACAACUGCUCCUCUAGCGCUCUACAUCAAUGUGAUCAAAGGAAUCUGCACCGACUACAACUUGGAAUUCCGCGCUUUCUAUGCCUUGGUUGGACUCUGGAACAGUUUCUUCCUUAUGCUCUACUCCCUGUUUAAUUUCAGUCUUGUAAUGAAGCUCUUUAAAAGGUCAACAGAAGAAAUCAUUGCACUUUUUAUCUCCAUCACAUUUGUGCUCGACGCCCUUAAAGGCAUAACUAAAGUUUUUGCAAGUUACUACCAUUUUUCGAGACCGCCCAGCACACCAGUCGAUAAUUCUACCUUCUUCUUGAAUGUGUCCGCUGAACGUUCAGCACUGGGGAACCAAACAGAUGGCCCACCUGCCACCAUGCAAGAUGGACGAGAGACAGCUGUGCUCAGCCUCAUGCUGAUGCUGGGAACCCUUUGGCUUGGUCACACGCUGUAUCAGUUUAAGAAAAGCCCUUAUUUGCACGCCAGAGUCCGUGAAAUCCUGUCCGACUGUGCCUUACCCAUUUCUGUCCUAACCUUCUCCUUUGUGGGAUCUUACUUCUUCAAGGAAAUAAAAAUGUCUAAAUUUAACUACAACCCGUCGGAGAGCUUGUUUGUGUUGGCUCCUCUUCGAGAUCUCUCCAUUGGCUCGGUUAUGAGCGCGAUGGGCCUGGGGUUCCUGCUGUCAAUGCUUUUUUUCAUUGAGCAGAAUAUAGUGGCAUCACUCACAAACGCCCCGGAGAAUAGGUUAGUGAAGGGGACAGCUUAUCACUGGGACCUCCUCCUUGUAGCUCUGAUCAACACAGGGCUCUCCAUCUUUGGGCUGCCGUGGAUCCACGCUGCAUUCCCUCACUCGCCGAUGCACGUCCGAGCUCUGGCCUACGUGGAAGAGAGGGUUGAGAAUGGGCACAUCUAUGAGACGAUUGUGAGCGUGAAAGAGACUCGGCUGACAACCUUGGUGGCCAACUUCUUGGUGGGGCUCUCCCUCUUGCUCCUGCCUUUCCCACUGCAGCUGAUUCCAAAGCCCGUCCUCUACGGGCUGUUCCUGUACAUCGCCCUGACCUCCAUCGACGGGAACCAGCUUUUUGAAAGGGUGGCCCUUCUGCUGAAAGAGCAGACAGCCUACCCUCCAACGCAUUACAUCCGCCGGGUACCCCAGAGGAAGAUCCACUAUUUCACAGGCCUGCAAGUCCUCCAGCUCCUCAUUCUCUGUGGGUUCGGGAUGUCUCCUCUCCCCUACAUGAAGAUGAUCUUCCCCCUCAUCAUGAUUGGAAUGAUCCCCAUCAGGUAUAACUUGCUCCCCAGGAUCAUUGAAGCAAAAUACUUGGAUGCUAUGGAUGCUGAGCACUAGGGGAGAACGACCCUUGGCCCUCGCAGCAGCAGCUUUUUCACAUCGGAAGGAAUCUGUCGCCCGGCUGAGUUAACUUGUUGGAAGUCGGUUGUUUAUGAACCUCUGUGACUUUUUUCCAUACCCCUUGCACCAACUACUCAAAGGCAUGUUGUAGCCCAAAACUUGAGGGCUGGGGGGGGGGAUGAGGGGGAACCAGGGGUCUUCUGAGCUGAGAGUCAAGCGUGCUUUAUGGAAAUCCCAAAGACAAGUGCUUGGAAUCGCCAAGCCAUUCUUUGUUUUAGGGGAAAAUAUUGUCUUUUUUAUACACGUUUUUUGACACACACCCCUUUUCCCCCUGAACUGUGCUGCUCUGCAAGAGGAACAGCAGGCCACUCCUUUCUUUUAUUUGACAGAAUUACCGGGUCGAUUUGGCCCCUUUACUGCAGUUUUCCAAGUUCGUAAGCCAAGCUUGCUCCAAGUAAACAGCUUCUCCUGUUGGACAACUGGUGUCAGUCGGUCACCUACUCAUCUCUAGCACUCCCAAGUUGAGGGGCAAGAGCUGCCACCAGAAGAUCAACGGAGAGCAAGGUUGGGACAGAUUUCACUCAAAUUUUGGAAAUUCUGUAUCGUAUUCUGUCAGCGGUCAGCAAAGGAUUCACGCACAGCGAGGAAACUCUGUUUUCAUCCAGGAAGCAGGGACACGUAGGAAUUAACCAAACCCUCUUUUAGGCUGCUGUUUUGCAGAGGACCCCAACUUGGAAAUGUAGAUUUGCACAAUGGCAACACUUUUGAAGCAGGCACUGAAACAUUUGGUGGAAUUCCUCUUCCCUUCUCCUCUGUGUACAGAGUACUAAUGUGUACAUAUAUACAUAUUUAAUCUAGAUUUGUGUAUAUAUUUUGAAUAUAAUUGUCCUGGGUAUUAGAUGCCUGUUUUUUCCCAGAGACUGAAAGGGUUUUUGUGCAAUCAGUGUUAACUUGUACUGUAUGAUAAACUACAUUUUUCUCUUCUUCUUCUUCCAUACUGCUUAAUUCACCCUUUUCCUUUCCUCGUUGAUGCUUCCUGCUGUUGUCAAUCGCUCCUCAGUUUAAUCUUAGCGCUUUACCCCAUCGCUUCUUUUUUUUUUGCUCUCGGCAUUUAAUUUUAACGUACAGUACAUAGUCAACAUUGGGGUUUGGGGUUUGCAUUGCAGCUUAGGCUUUAUUUUUUGUUUGGUUGGUUGGUUGGUUUUUGCCUAAGCCAUAUUCCUGUUGCUUGUCUUGCCAUGGUUUCAGUUUUGUAGUUUACCUUCUCAUUUCCCCCUGCAAAGCAUUACAUUAUAUUUCUGGAAGAAUUCUAA